AUGGCAACUUACGCUUACCUUUUCAAAUACAUAAUUAUCGGUGACUCUGGGGUGGGGAAAUCUUGCUUUAUGUUGCAAUUUACAGACAGGAGGUUCAAAAACAAUCAUGAUUUGACUAUUGGAGUAGAAUUUGGCUCACGAACGAUAAAAGUAAAUGACGUAUCUGUCAAACUGCAAAUGUGGGAUACUGUAACUGUAAUUUAGGCUGGACAAGAAAGCUUUAAGAGCAUCACCCGUUCUUAUUAUCGAGGAGCCAUUGGAGCACUUCUUUUAUUUGAUAUAUGUAAUCGGCAAAGUUUCAUAAAUCUGAAUAAGUGACUUGCAGAAACACAAACAAAUGGAAACCCUGAUAUUGUAAUUACACUAGUGGGAAAUAAAACGGAUUUAGAAGCUCAGAGAGUGGUUUCACAAGAAGAAGCCAAGGCAUAUGCAGAUUUAAAUAAUAUGAUUUAUAUUGAGGCCAGUGCCAAAACGGCUUUUAAUGUUGAUAAAACAUUUGUUGAUUCAGCUGGAGCGAUUUUGGCAGCGAUUGGGGAUGGAAGAAUCAAUUUGUCUGUAGAGCAUGCAGGGAUUGUUGUAGGGAAAAAUUCUCAUAGAGAGGAUUUAAUGAGAAAAAGUCUGGCUCAAGGACAAAAUUCGGGAUGCAAAUGCUAA